CAGCGAGCACCGAGCAGAUCCCUAACCGGAAGGUGACGUCAAUUCUUCGGAACGUUAGGGACUUUCCGAGCUUUGUCAGUCUGCGAGCUAUUCUGGUUCCACCAGAAAAUAACUCAAAGGGGGAAUUUCAUUAUCCUCUAAAAGAUUACAAAUAUUUUUUAGUUAGAUUUUUAGCCUUCAAUUAUGGAAGCUUAGACACCCAGAAAAGGGAUGCCCCAAACGGGGAGAGGGGUUUGAAAGCACAUAUUCCCAGGUCUGUAUGUGUGCAUGCUUGAGUUUUUUUGUUGUUGUUGUUUUAAUUUAUUUUAAUGUUUAUCCUUAAGCUUACACAGAAGUUUCAAGGGUUACAUAUGUCUGUGGUAAAGGUGGAGAACAACAGGGUGUAUACUGAUCCUGGUUGAUCUGUCCCAGGAUCAGACUCGUAAUGAUAAUAUUCAGGCUGGGUUUGAUUCACUGCAGUGCUUUGUUUAAUUACAUAUUUACUUGCACUGUUUCUGACAGGUUUUGCACUUUGGCUUUUGUGCUUCCUGUUAGCUACCGGUAAAAAAAUAAGUAGAGAAUACGAGCUCUUAAGUUUUAUGCGUGGCUUGCCUUCAUUUUCACUCUUAAGCGUCCCAUCUUGUCUUUGGUUAAUUUAGCUGUAUUGGCGUUCUCAGUUUCUGUGUGUAUGUGUGACUUGAGUGUGAAUAUGUUUGAAUGAAAGAAAGACCUUGGGUUUUUUUCAAACCCCUCUCCCUCGAAGGGACAUCUCUUUUUUUUUUUUUUCUUCUUACUAUUAAUAUAAAAAAAUCCAAAAAUGGAAACUCUUGUUCAGCUAAAAAACAACCAGUUUUUGAUGGGACUGUGUCGUAAUGGGCCGCCACCUGAUCUACAAUACGACAACUCUUCAGAGCUUUAUCGCAUAUCUACUUUCGCCCGCUUCCCAGCUUCCCCCGUCACAGAGCGAAGCCUGGCGAGGGCGGGCUGGUUCUACACCGGCAUGGGCGACCGGGUGCAGUGCUUCAGGUGUAACGUGACGGCCGAGGGCUGGCAGGCUGGGGACUGUCCGACAGAGAAACACAGACAGCUCUCGCCUUCCUGCUCCUUCAUUCAGAGCCUCCCAUCCACCACCAACCUUCUCUCUUCCUCCCACUCUGCUUUCUCUCCACUCCGUAUCGCCCAGGCUCUACCACUUCCUGGUCCCGGUCCGGCUGCUCCCAACCCGUCAGUAAGCCAAGUCGAGGAUCCGGUUGGUUUCUUGAACACGGCCUUCUCUGCUCUGCCGCCCUCCAGUCCCCUGAGCUCUCGGGGUGUAGAGGACAUGUCCCAUCAGAGACCCACGUGCCACAACCCAAGCAUGCGCAGAGAGCAGGACCGCCUGGACUCCUUCCACUCCUGGACGCUUUCCAUCAUCACCCCCACAGAGCUGGCUAAGGCGGGCUUCUACUACCUGGGCCAAGGGGACAGGGUGGCCUGCUUCAGCUGCGGUGGACAGCUGAACAACUGGGAACCGGGUGACCGGGCUGUAUCCGAGCAUCAGCGCCAUUACCCAAACUGUCGCUUCGUCCGGGGGGACCGAGCCGAUAACGUGUCGCUGUCCGGCGCCGCAGGAACCGUAUCUUUAGCAACGACAUCCCAGGUGCCAGCUGGAGCCCCAGCCCUCACCAGUGUGUCCAACCCCUCCAUGCAGCAGAGCGAUGAGCGGCUUCUCACCUUCGUCAACUGGCCGUCUCGUAUUCCAGUCCGACCCGAACAGCUGGCCAAGGCCGGCUUCUACUAUGUGGGGAGAAACGAUGAUGUCAAGUGUUUCUGUUGUGAUGGAGGCCUGCGGUGCUGGGAAUCUGGGGAUGAUCCAUGGGUUGAACAUGCAAAAUGGUUUCCUCGGUGUGAAUAUCUGCUUCAGGAGAAGGGACAAGACUUCGUCCACCAGAUUCAGGCUCGAUUCCCUCGCCUGUUUGAGCAGCUUCUAACAACAGGAGACACCAGCUCCAGAGAGUUUGUGGAUCCACCAGUGGUACAUCUGGGUCCAGGAGAGGAGCGGUCAGAAGAUGCCGUCAUGAUGAACACACCUGUGAUCAAAUCUGCUCUAGAGAUGGGCUUCGACCGCAGCCUCGUCAAGCAAACGGUGCAGAGCAAGAUCCUGACGAGCGGCGAGAACUACCGGACCGUCCAGGAGCUGGUCUCAGAUCUGCUCAGCGCUGAAGACCAGAAGAGGGAGGAGGAACGGGAGAUGCUAGCAGAGGCGAUGGCGUCAGAUGGUUUUACGUUCGUGAAGAGGCAUCAGGCGGCAUUGGCUCAGCGUCUGAAGAGUGUCGAGCCGGUGUUGGAGCAUUUAAGAGAACAAAAUGUGUUAUCUGCUGAGGAUUACAGCGGCCUCCUGGCCCAGACCACAGCCCAGCAGCAAACUGCCAGGCUGAUCGAACUCGUCCUCAAUAAAGGAAAUGCUGCCGCCGAGGUGUUCCGCAACUGGAUCCAGAAAAACGACGUCCAUCUGCUCAGAGACCUCAUGGGUAUGACUUCACCACAGGACACCAACACAGACCUGAGAACUCAGUCAAAUGAAGCUUCUUCACCAAGCCAAGAUCUUUCAGACCUACCAAUGGAGGAGCAGCUGCGGCGCCUGCAGGAGGAGCGUACCUGCAAAGUUUGUAUGGACAAAGAGGUCAACAUCGUCUUCAUCCCAUGUGGUCACCUGGUAGUGUGCAAGGAGUGCGCACCAUCCCUGAGGAAGUGCCCAAUCUGCAGAGGCCUUGUUAAAGGCACAGUUCGAACCUUUCUGUCAUGAGGCAACAUGAUGCCUAGAACUUAAAGCAAAAUGUGUUGUAAAAAUAAAUUAUUUACUUUUAGCCAUUUUGUGGCCAUUUCAUGUAAACUGAAACCAGCCCAAAAGGUUUACUCAUCAAGAUGUGAAUAAUUCUUCAGUCUGAAAGUAGUCCCUUUUUUUCCCCUUGUAUCAGGUGUGCAAUAUCCAAUCUUCAAUCAGUGCAAUAACCUUCUGUAUAAUUAACUCAUUUCUUUCAUAAUCCACUGUAUUACUGCUACAAAGUUUUUAUUAUAUUAAACCAGUAAAACUUAAAA